AUGAGCCUCAGUUUCCACGCCCAAGCGCUGUCCGAUUCGCUCGCCCGGGCAAGUCUCGUCCCGGGUAGCGCCGCGACUCUCAUACCCCGAGAUUUCCGGCCCACUACCCAACUAUCAAUCCUUUAUGAUGGGAAGCAAGUCGAUUUAGGGAAUUUAUUUCGCGUGACCGAGGUGAAGAAGGCGCCGUCGGUGCAGUUUGACCCAGAGCCUGAAGCAUCUAUUGAUACGUCCUACAUGUUGAUGCUGGUUGAUCCUGAUGCCCCUACGCCGGAUGACCCCAAGUUUGCGUUUUGGAGACACUGGGUCCUGCCGGGCUUGCAGCCUCUGCGGGAUGUGGAUGGCGUGGUUGGCGAGACGAAGCCUGCUUUGACAGAGUAUCUUGCUCCGGGGCCAAAGGAUGAUUCUCGCCCGCAUAGAUAUCUGUUCCUUCUGUUUAGGGAACCGCAUGGCUUGUCGCUCUCCAAGGAAGACGUUGGCGGUGAAGAGUUUGUGCAAAGAAGGUCAUUUAAUACGGCUACGUUUAUUACAAGACACGGCUUGAAACUGGUGGGUAUGAACUGGAUGUUGGGUGCUGGUGAUGGAUGGCAAGAAUAA